AUGCUAUCAUUAAAAUUAUAUUAUUCCCAGCGACGCAGCUCCCUCUCAAACGAAUCCCGAACGUACUUGGCACCAAAACCUUCUCGAAGCGCGCCAGUCACACCCUGCGACAGUGACUCAGCGUCGUGGCCAUAUGUGGACUACGAGCGCAGAUCGGAAAAGGAGAGAUACGAAGCCUCCGUAGAAGGUGUCUGGUGGUGGAAACGACCUCUCGGCGUGAGGCGUUCCACCUGCCGCUGUAGAGCCUCUUCAUCAUCGCGACCUCUCAUGGCUCCUUGUACGUCAGGUCAGGAAUAUUAUAGAUCUGAUGAGCGACCGUUGAACCUUGUUCGGCAGAUAUAUCUGUAA